GAGCCCAGUUAGAAAAACAAAAGCGAAAAUGUACCGAAUUGUUUAUUUGUAUAAAAUUAAGCAACUGUUCUAACUGAAAGUGAAUCUAUAUUGUAAUUAUGUUUUUGCCGGACACAGCAGUGUUCUGUAUAACGCAAUUGGUCUAUGGAGCCAUACUACUGCUAUUAAUUUACUAUGUGCUAACACUGGCUGAUUUGGAGUGUGACUAUUUGAAUGCACAGGAAUGCUGUCAUCGACUGAAUUUCUGGGUGAUACCCAAAUUUGGCUCACAUGCCCUGCUCUGUGGCUUGCUUCUCAUAUCUGGGCACUGGAUAAUGUUUUUGCUAAAUUUACCCAUGGCCCUGUGGUUGUUCUAUGAGUUGCAUCGCCAGCGCCGUGACAGCUUGGGUGUAUAUGAUCCUGUGGAUAUACAUAGUCGCGGUCUCUUAAAGGUGCAUCUCAGAAAUUGCAUGAUAUACUUGGGUUACUACUUUGUUAUGUUCUUUGUGGGUUUGUAUUGUCUUAUUUCAUCUCUGAUCAAGGGCGAUCCCAUUAAGCGUCAUGAAGACGACGAAAUUGUAACGGGGUUCUAAAGUCUCCAGUGAACGCUCUUCCCACAAUGUAUUUGUAGUAUACAAAAACCUAGUCGCACUCAUAACACCACAUUUUAUCAUUGUUCCCACUUUUAUUUAUUUUAAUCCUAGCAGCUGCGCAGCCAUGUAAGCGUAUUCGAAUAAUUUAUGAUCACAACUUAAAUAUACUAUACAAAAAU